UCUCCCUCUCAGAAUUAGAAGCAUUGAAGAAGGUUAAAUUUCAAAGGUUAUUAAUAAUUAGUAUAUAGAGAGAGCAUGAAUGGCGGCAGCAGCAGUGGUGAAAGAAGAAGGUAAAUCAGUAUCAUGUGCAGUGGAUCCAAGUGAAGUUUUUGAAAAAGGAAAAUAUGAAGUAAGAUCAAUGACCAAGAAAUCAGGCAUGUUUAUCUUCACACCCACAACUCCAGCUUCCCAUGGCUACGUCAUUGCUGCCCCACAGUUGUAUGUGAUGCCAACUACAAGUGAAAUGCAAGAAGUAAAGUCAGCAACAGAAGUAAUAAAAUGGUUAGCAUCAGGACUUAACCCAUUACUCCCAACCAACGUGGAAGGAGACAUUUCAAAGCUAAGUCUAGUAGGCCACAGCCGAGGUGGAAAGACCGCCUUCUCCUUAGCCUUAGGCAUCUGUCGCCCUUCCCUCCCCUUCUCUGCCGUAAUCGGCAUCGACCCAGUCGCCGGAACCAAAUGCUUCCAACCCCAACCCCACAUCCUACCACCUCUCUCUGAACCCUUCAAAAUUUCUGCACCCAUCACAGUCAUUGGGACCGGGCUGGGUCCCAAGUCGGCGAGUCCGAUCACAUGCCCCUGCGCCCCUGAUGGCUUCAACCAUGUUGCGUUUUUCUCAAAAAAUGUAGGCCUACUUGCGCCCAUUUUGUGGCUGUGGACUAUGGUCAUAUGGACAUGUUGAACGACAAUCCGUCCGGGAUUACUGGGUUAUUGACGAAUAUUGCUUGUAAGAAUGGUAAGGGCUCAAGGAAACUUAUGAGGGAGUGCUGUAGUGGGCUUGUGGUUGCUUCUUUGAAGGCUUAUCUUGACAAUGACGAAUCGUUUCUUAAUGCUAUUUAUGUUGAUCCUUCUAUUGCUCCGGUUGAUCUAAACCCUCAGAAAGUUAUGUACAAAACAUCCUCCCCAUAAAAUUCACCUUUCGGCCAACACUUGAUAUGUACUAAACUUUAAUUAGUUUCAAAAUUAAAUCACAAAAUUGAGUUGUUUGGGCCUCAAACGCUUGGUCAUAGUGAGCUCCUCAUUUCACUUCCUCGGCCCAUUUUGUAAACAGUUUGUGUGGCCGAAGCCCAAUAUUUGUGUAAGGGGAAAGCCCAAAACAAUUCAAAUAGGUAGAAUUUUCGUUUGACUUUCAUAUGCUCGUCAGUCGUCUUCUUCAAUUUUUCUUAACUCAUUUGAAAAGAUUUGAGUGAUCAUUUUUCUCA